UUUAGGUUUGUACACUUAAGAUUAAUUGAUGGAGACUUCUCAUGCUUCAAGCCCUUCUCAUCAAUAUCCCAAAGCAAUUCAACUUAAGCUUUACCAGGCUUUUAUAUUCUCAAUUCCCAUACUCUUCUCCAUCAUUCUAUUUCUGUUAUUUUAUUUGUUCUACCUCAAGCGACGAGCUUCGAACUUUUCGGCAACUCCACCAAUUCUCCCAAGGACUAUUUAUGACUCCACACCUCAAGUUACAACGUCAUUUGAUUCAGAUUUGAAAGCCGAGCUGAAAAACCAGCUUUCCACAGUCUUGUUUGAUGAAUAUCUAAAAGCGAGGGAUUCAGUGUGCUGUGUGUGCUUGGGAGAAUUUGAGAUAAAAGAGGAAUUGCUUCAAGUGAUAUCGUGCAAGCACGUGUUUCACAUAAACUGUAUUAGACAUUGGCUUCAAUCCCAUUCUACUUGUCCACUUUGUAGAACCCUGGUCGCAACUGCCUGCUAAUGAAUUCACCGCACGAAGUUGUACAUAUCACGCAAGCCAUAACAACUACAAUUACAAUGUAGGAAUUGAAAUUGAGGAUCUCAAUUGCUAGCUAGUAGCAUAUGUUCACAAAUUUUUUAUUGCAUAACAACUACAAUUACAAUGUAAUCUUUUAUUGCAGUAAAUUUAAAAAAUGUGAAAUAGAAAUCAA